AUGCCGCCUCCACCUCAUAUCAAGCCCGAGAAUGUUCUCAAGAGGGCUCAAGAACUUAUCGCCGUGGGCCAGUCUCCCGCCGCCCUGAACGUCCUUCACGAACAUGUCACCUCCAAGAGGACGCGCAGCAGUCCUAUCGCCUCCCUCGAGCCGGUUAUGCUGCUUUUCGUCGAGCUCUGCGUUGAUCUGCGUAAAGGAAAGGCCGCCAAGGAUGGAUUGUACCAGUACAAGAACAUUGCCCAGAACACCAACGUCGGCACUAUCGAGGUCGUUCUGAAAAAGUUUAUCGAACUCGCCGAGAAGAAGGUCACCGAGGCCCAGGCCAAGGCCGAUGAGAUUCAGUCUUCCUUGGAGUCCGCUGCUCCCUCGUCCAACAUCGAUGAUUUGGAAGCUAUUGAGACCCCCGAGACCAUCCUGCUUGCCACUGUCUCCGGUGAGCAGUCCCGCGAUCGUACCGAUCGUGCUGUCGUGACCCCAUGGCUCAAGUUCCUCUGGGAGACCUACCGGACCGUCCUCGAGAUCCUCAAGAACAACGCCCGUCUUGAGGUCAUGUACCAGACCACCGCCCUGCAGGCCUUCCAGUUCUGCCUCAAGUACACCCGUAAGACUGAGUUCCGCAGACUCUGUGAGCUCCUCCGGAACCACGUCCAGAAUGCCGCCAAGUACUCUGCUCAGAUGCACGCCAUCAACCUGAGCGACCCGGACACCCUGCAGCGCCACUUGGACACCCGUUUCCAGCAGCUUAACGUUGCCGUCGAGUUGGAGUUGUGGCAGGAGGCUUUCCGCAGCAUCGAGGACAUCCACACCCUCCUCAGUCUCAGCAAGCGCCCCGCCAAGAACGUCAUGAUGGCCAACUACUACGAGAAGCUGGCUCGCAUCUUCCUGGUCAGCGAGAACUACCUCUUCCACGCUGCCGCCUACAACCGCUACUACAACCUCCUCCGCCAGUCGAUGGUUUCCCUCGCUUCCGGCCAAGGCACCAAGAAGGACAACCCGGCCGUCACCGAGGCUGAAAUGACCAAGGCCGCUUCCUUCGUUCUCCUGUCCGCUCUGGCCAUCCCCGUGAUCAGCACCUCCCGCUCUCGCGGUGCCCUGGUUGAUGUCGAUGAGGUUCGCAAGAACAAGAACACCCGUCUCACCAACCUUUUGGGUAUGGCCCAGGCCCCGACCCGUGCCGUGCUUUUCAAGGAUGCCAUGAACAAGGGUCUUCUCAAGCGUGCCCGCCCCGAGAUCCGCGAUCUCUUCAACAUCUUGGAAGUUGACUUCCACCCUCUCUCCAUCUGCAAGAAGAUCACCCCCAUCCUGAAGCAGAUUGGUGCCGAUCCCGAGAUGGAGAAGUAUGUUCAGCCUUUGCAGCAGGUCAUUCUCACCCGUCUCUUCCAGCAGCUGUCCCAGGUUUACGAAUCGGUUGAGCUCAAGUUCGUCUACGAGCUUGCCCAGUUCCCCGACCCCUUCCAGAUCACUCCUGCCAUGAUUGAGAAGUUCAUUAUGAACGGUUGCAAGAAGGGCGACCUCGCUAUCCGUGUCGACCACAUUUCCGGUGUCCUUACCUUCGAUACCGAUGUUUUCUCUUCCGCCAAGGCCCUCCACCCCGGAAGCGCCGCUGGAUCUGCUGAGAGCGAAGUUGGCUCUGUGCAGCGCUUGCAGAACACCCCUGCUGAGAUCGCUAGACUGCAACUUACCCGUUUGGCCAAGACUCUUCACGUGACAUGCAUGUAUGUCGAUCCUGCUUACAAUGAAGCUCGUCUCCAGGGCAAGCAGACUGCUCAGGCUCGCGCCCUGGCUGGUGCUGCCAAGGAGCACGAGGACACCCUGGCUCGCCGUGUCACCAUUGAGAAGAAGAAGGAGGCUGCUACCGAUGCCAUCCAGAAGAAGCAGCGCGAGGAGGAGACCCGCAAGCGCAUCCGUACCCAACAGCUCCAGGAGGCUGAGAAGCAGAGACUGCUUGACGAGCAGAGAGAGCGUGAAAAGAAGCGCAUCAAGGAUGAGCAGGACCGCAUUCGCCAGCAGGAGCUCAAGAAGCAGAUUGAGGAGCUUAAGAGCGGUGUCAAGGGCAUUGACCUUAACGAACUUGAUCUGGAGGACCUCGACGCCAACCGUCUGCGUGCCAUCAAGCUUGCUCAGUUGGAGAAGGAGAAGAACGAGCUCAGCGACCGCGUCCGCACCAUUGCCAAGCGUAUCGACCACUUGGAGCGUGCUUUCCGUCGUGAGGAGUUGAAGCACAUCCCCGGAGAUUAUGAAGCCCAGAAGAAGCGCGACAUGGAGAUCUACGAGGCCACCAAGGCCGAGACUCUCCAAGAGGCCGAGAUUAAGCACAAGGAGGCUGUUGCCCUCAAGCACCGUCUCAGCCGCCUGGUACCGCAAUUCAGCAACUUCCGCAAGGAUGUGUCGGAGAAGCGUCACGAAGAGUUCGAGAGACGCCGCAAGGCUGCCGAGCGUGAGUUCGAAGCCAAGAAGAAGCAGCGUGUCAAGGAGGUUCUGGAGCGCAGACGCCUUGAGAAGGCUCAGCGCGAGGCUGAAGAGCAGCGCCAGAAGGAAGAGGAGGAGCGUGCUCGACGCGAGGAGGAGGAGAAGGCCGCCAGAGACGAGGAGCGCAGACGCAUUAUGGCCGAGGAGAAGGUCAAGCGGGAAGAGGAGAGAAAGAAACUCGAUGAAAUCGCCCAAAGACAGCUACAGCGUGAGCAGGAAGCCGAGGCUCGCCGUGCCUCCAGAAAGACCGGUGGUCCCGAAUUCUCUCGUGCCGAACCAUCUCGUGCCGAGCCGUCUCGUGCCGAACCUACUGAGCGUAUUGCUCCCCGUCUUAACCUUGCUCCUCGCACCGGUGGUGGUGCCAGCUGGAGAGAACGUCAAGCCGCCAAGGAGGCUGCCGGCGGUGCCGAGGCUGCCCCUGCCCCUGCCCCUGAGGCCCCCAAGGAAGAGCCCGUCCGAAAGACCGGUGGUGGAUACGUGCCUCCUCAUCUGCGCGGCGCCGGUGCUGCUCCUUCGAACGGUCCUUCUGAACGCUACGUCCCCCGUCCUCGCGAACCUACCCGUGAUCUCCCCGUCCGAACGCAAACCCCUAGCUCCGACAAGCCUGAGGAGUCCAAGGGAGCCCCACAGAAGUGGGUUCCCCGGUGGAAGCAGCAGCAGAGCUAG